UUGACGUUCGCAUUAGGGGGUUUUAUGAGCAAAAAAUAAAUUUACAGAAAGAAAGAGCCGUAUUUCAACACUGAACAUACCGAGACGAAAUUUGUUAAACUGCGAUGGCUCUUGAAACACAAGGAGUUUCCCAACUUGAGUUGGAGGCUGUUAUUGGGUUCAACGGGCAUGUGAUCUCUGGCCUGAGAGUGCAUCCAGACAGAGAGCACCUGAUCUAUCCGCUGGGGAGCACAGUCAUUCUGAAGAGAAUAAAAGAUGGCAAGCAGGAGUUCCUUCGAGGACACACAAACAAUGUAUCCUUUAUCUCAGUGUCCAAAAGUGGAUCUUACAUUGCCUCUGGACAAGUCAACUUUAUGGGCUUCAAGGCUCCGAUUAUUAUCUGGGACUAUGCACAGCGAACAGAAUACGCCCAGCUAUUGCUCCACAAGGCAAAAGUAGAAGCACUGGCCUUCUCCCCAAAUGACAAAUACCUGGUGUCUCUUGGUGGUCAGGACGAUGGCAGCAUUGUGGUGUGGAAUAUUGAGACCAAGCAGGCUAUCUGUGGGAGCCCAGCUUCUGCUCACAGUGCUGGCCACUGUCUCACUGUACAGUUCUCAAACACAAGUGACAAUGUGUUUGUCUCUGCUGGGAGUGGAACAUUGAGAGUUUGGGAACUGGACCUUCCAAACAGGAAAAUCAGGCCCACAGAGUGUCAGACUGGCAAGCUGAGGAGGAUUGUGAAAUGUGUUGAGAUUUCAGAGGAUGAUCAGAUCAUUUUCUGUGGCACCACCAGUGGAGACAUAAUGAAGAUCAACUUGGAAAAGAGGCUUAUGGCAGACUAUGGUCCACUCAAAGCAAAAUUUAGCCUGGGUGUCAGUGCCCUAAGGACUCUGAAAUCUGGGGACCUGCUGGUAGGUUCUGGAUCAGGCACCUUCACUCUGUGCUCCAGGACAAACUUCAAAUCUCUCAAGGAAGUCCAGCUGGAAAAGGGGGUGACAUCCAUAGCUCUGAGAGGAGAAGGCCAGCAGUUCUAUGUUGGGACAGAAGCUGGUCAGAUGUACUGCUUCAGUUAUGACAACUUCAAAGCUGAACUUAUUUCCACCAGCCACAGCAGUGCUGUCAAUGAUAUCGCCAUAUGUUUUGGAACAUCUGAAUUAUUUGCAACCUGCUCUGUGGAGGACAUCAGGCUGUGGCACAUAAGCAAACCCAAAGAGCUUCUACGCAUCACUGUACCCAACAUGACCUGCAAUUCUGUGGACUUUAUGAUUGAUGGACAUAGCAUCAUCAGUGCGUGGAACGAUGGUAAGAUUCGUGUGUUUGCUCCUGAAAGUGGCCGUCUUAUGGUCAUCAUUCACAAUGCACACAGGAUGGGUGUGACAGCCAUUGCAGGAACCAGGGACUGCAAGAGGAUCAUCAGUGGAGGGGGAGAAGGACAGGUGCGUGUUUGGGAGCUGCAGCCACAUGGCCAUAAGCUGCUGGAGACCAUGAAGGAGCAUAAAGCCACUGUCACAUGUAUCAAAAUUAAGAGCAAUGACAAAGAGUGUGUCAGCGCUGGCUCCGACGGUGCCUGCAUCAUCUGGGACAUAGUGCGCUUUACAAGUCUUCAAAUGGUGAUUGGAAACACAAUGUUUCAUACUGUGUGCUACCAUCCAGAUGAAUACCAGAUCAUCACCAGUGGCAGUGACAGGAAGAUCGGCUACUGGGAGGUAUACGACGGCUCUGCCAUCAGAGAACUGGAAGGCUCACAGUCGGGGGCCAUCAAUGGAAUGCACAUCACUCAGGACGGUAAACACUUUGUGACAGGUGGAGAUGACAAGAUAGUGAAGGUGUGGGACUUCAUGGAAGGGGAAGUAACCCAUGUAGGACUUGCUCAUGGUGGCAGCAUCACCAGUGUCAAGAUCUGCUGCAACAAGAGCACCUUAAUCAGCACCAGUGCAGAUGGAGCAAUUCUCAGAUGGAAGUUCCCCCACCCUCCUUCUUCUUCUUCAUACAUUAGAAAUGAUAAGUCUCCAAAAAACCAAUAA